UAUUUGCAGUUUUAUGAGUGUUGUCCUCCAUACGCCAUUUAACGCGAGACGCACUUGUAGCGAAAAAGUACCGAUAAAAGAAGUUUUCUCGAAUAGAAGAAACAUUUUACUGGAAAAAAUACUAAAUACAAAAAAAUAAUUUGCAAAAAUUUCAAUAAAAUAAAUGAGAAAUAAAUUGAAAUUGAGAUAAAAAGUGUUAGUAAAAUAAUAAGAAAAAAAGAAAGAAAAUUUACAAUGGAAAUGUGUAAAAAUGCAAUUGUAUCGUCGUACAAAAUUUAUCGAUGAAAAUUUCAUAUUGAAGCAAAAAAUUAUUAAUGUGAUUUGUCUUCGUCGUCGUUGUUGUCGUCUUCUUCGUUAUUAUAGUCAACGUAGUAGUAGUUGUAGAAGUGGACGAGUUAGAGAAGAGGAGAAUAAAAUUGUAGUAAAGAAGCAUAUAGGGAAAAUUAACAAAAAAAUAAAAUUACCAAAAAAAAUAACAGAAACAAACGAAUUCAAACACAUAAGCAAAUCUGCAACAACAACAAUAAAUCGAAGAAAUCAACUUUGUAGUGUUGUUGUUGUACGUUUUUAAAACAAAAAUUUUUCGUGCGGUGUAAAGUGGGGUAAAGCUCAUUUAGUGUUUGUGUAUGUGAUAAAGAGAGAGAGCAAGAGUUGGAACAAAAGAGAAAAAAGUGUAUUAGCAAACAAACACAAAAAAGAAGUAAAAAAAAGAAGGCAAAUCUGUAAAAAACAUUAAAAUUAUUUAGUGGAAGUAGCUAGAAAUAAGAGAAGUGAAAAAAAGAAGUUUUAUUUUUAAAGGGGGAGGGAAACAGAAAAAAAGAAGAGCACUACCACCAACUACCAUAAUAAUAAUAACAACAAUAAUAAUAAUAAAAAAAGUAAAAGAAGCAGCAGCCUCAAAUAAAAUAUAAAAAAUGUGAAAAAAAUAAAAAAAAACGAAUUGAAAUAUACAAAUCAGUAAAGAAAUAACACAAAAGGCUAAUAAAAACCUAAAAAUUUUAAAAGUUAUUUAAACAAAUUUAUUUAUAACUAAAAAAAACAAAAGUAAAAGCACAAUUCACGUUAAACAAAACGCGCCUUUUAGCUUUACAAAACCACUGUCAAAUCUAAUUAAUAUAAUAACAACAACCACAAAAAGAAAUUGAUUUUUUAUACAAUCUCUUUACUGUUUAACAACAACAACAAAUAAACCACUUAAGGAGUUUCGUUGCUGAAAUUUUGACACCAUUUGGUCUACAAUAUUUAACAAAUGCUAAAUAUUUCUUCUUAAAUACAUUUGUUGUAUUUAUCUUUUAAAAAUAGAUACCAAGUUUGCGAAAUACACGCACACACAUAACAAAACCAUUAGCGAAAAAAAAACAAACGUCACACAACCAAAAAGGGGGAAAUUGGUGUGAGUGAAAGAGUGAGCAAAUCAACACCAUAGAAAUAACAACAAAAACAUAAAGCAGAAAAAAAAUAACACACAUACAACAAAAAAUAACAUACGAGGUGGUUGUUCAACAAAAAAGUAGCGAAUACGAAGAAGAACAAGCAGCAGCAGCAACCACAGCAACAACAAAAGUAGUAAUAAAAAACAACAACAAUAUUAUACAAAAUACACAAGCAAAAGAAACGGUAAAACGAAGAAGCAGCAGCAGCAGAUACAAGAAGACAAAUAUGAACUAAAUUUGUUGUUUUUUCUUGUAUUUCUGAACGAAAAUUCACACAAAAAAGAAAAAGUAACUGAACGGCAGAGACCGAGAAAGAGAUACACAAAGAGAGUGAAGGAAAAAAAAAGAAACGAAACGAACGUAUAAUGAAAUAUAAAAUCAUUUUUAUUGUAAAAAAAAAUGAAGCAAAAGUAAAUUUUUUGAUGGUACGCAAAUUUUAACAAAAAAAUUAAAUAAAAAGAAAACGAAAAUAUAAUUUUAAAGAGUAUACACACGAUAAAUGUUAACCAUAAGAAAAGAAACAACAAAGUAUUGAAUUUAAACUUAUAAUUAAAGCAAAUUGUUGGGGAAUUGUAUAAAAAAAAUUACAAAAAUUUUUGUUCAAAAAGUUAAUAAAAAUUUCCUAAAAAUGCUGGAUGUUAUAGAAACUAGGAGAACGGCUGCGUGAGCAGACGAUACUCUCUUAUCCAUCCAAACAUCCCCCCACAAAAACACUAACGUGUGCCUGCUACCUGCGUGUGUGUGUAUGAAUGACGGUGGAGCAGCUCAACGCCAGCAAAAAGAAUUAGCGGCCACAGCAAGAUUAUCUAUCUUCUCUACAUUUAUUGAAAGUAUUUAAAAAAAAUAAGAAAAAAACUAUAUAGAAAAGAAAAUAAAAACCAACACAAAACGUAACGAAAGAAAGAAGAAAACCUAAACUAAAAACUACUUACUGGAGUUGAAAAAGAAGACAAAAAAGAGUGAGCGCCAAUUAAUAAUAAAUAAUUUUAAAGAAAUCUUCAAAACACAACAACAAGAACACCAGCUACAUCAGCUGGAAAGGAAAAAACAACAAACAUAAAAAGGAGUAGUUGAAGCAAACAACCAACAGCUCCUUUUAAAUAUUAAAAAAAAAAACAACCACAAACUUUAGUAAAUAAACUCACACACCAACCAAUCAACCAACAAACCAACCAAGAUAAAUAAACCCACAAAUUGACAUCACACAUUUUCGUUGCAAACCAAAUAUAAUAAAAUGUAUGGCAAAUCGAAAACGUCGUCGGUGCCUUCAGAUGCUCAGGCCCGUGAAAAAUUAGCUCUAUACGUGUACGAAUACCUGCUGCAUGUGGGAGCCCAAAAAGCUGCACAAACUUUCCUCUCCGAAAUAAGAUGGGAGAAAAACAUAACAUUGGGCGAACCACCAGGUUUCCUACACACAUGGUGGUGUGUCUUCUGGGACCUAUACUGUGCUGCUCCCGAAAGACGCGAUCAGUGCGAUCACUCAUCAGAGGCCAAGGCCUUCCACGAUUAUGGUUUUGUUAGUUCAGGCUAUGGCGUAAACGGAAUUGGCCCCGGAGGUCCUCACAGUGCUGGUGGUCCAGCGCCCAGUCCACUCGGACAGAUGCCACCCGGUGGCGACGGUCCCAUGGGACCGGGCGGUCCAAUGGGAGCGAAUUUCUUCCCCAGUUCAACGAUGAGACCUUCUCCACCAACACAUGCGUCAAGUCCGCAGCCCCCACCAUCACAAAUGAUGCCGGGUCAGCCACCAUUUAUGGGUGGACCACGCUAUCCCGGUGGUCCGCGACCCGGUGUGCGUAUGCAGGGUAUGGGUAAUGAAUUUAAUGGUCCGCCCGGACAACCCAUGAUGCCGAACAGUAUGGAUCCCACGAGGCCGGGUGGCAUGGGUCCCAUGAAUCCUCGCAUGAAUCCGCCCAGAGGACCAGGUGGCAUGGGUCCCAUGGGCUAUGGCGGACCAGGUGGUAUGAGGGGUCCAGCACCCGGACCGGGUGGCAUGCCGCCCAUGGGUAUGGGCGCCGGUGGCAGACCACCGCAAUGGCAGCCUAAUGCAACAGCACCUAUGAAUGCGUAUUCAUCUUCAUCGCCUGGCAACUACGGUCCCGGCCCAGGUUCGAAUGGUCCGCCAGGACCCGGCACGCCCAUCAUGCCCUCGCCGCAAGAUAAUACACAAGCGGGCCCUGGUGGUCCUGGCGACAACAUGUACUCGCUAAUGAAACCAGAAUUCCCCAUGGGCGGUGGACCGGAUGGCGGCGGUGGCGGACCCGGCGGCAUGGGUCCCAUGGGUGGCGGUCCUAAUUCAAUGGGCCCUGUACUUAAUGGUGGUGCCGGCGAUGGCACCGGUCUUGAUGGUAUGAAAAACUCACCAGCCAACGGAGGACCCGGUACGCCCCGCGAAGAUUCGGGCAGUGGCAUGGGUGAUUACAAUCUGGGCGGCUUUGGGGGACCAGGAGAGAAUGAUCAAACGGAAUCGGCGGCUAUACUCAAAAUCAAAGAAAGUAUGCACGAAGAAGCGAAAAGAUUUGAAAAAGAUUCAGAACAUCCUGACUAUUUUAUGCAAUAACCGCCCGGACAAAAUAUACCACCACCAAUCCCAACACCACAUCCUACAACACAAACGCCACAACAAUUGCAGCAGCAGCAACCACAUAGUAACUCCUCCGUCACCUCCUCCUCGACAUCUACAAACAGCUCCUGCCCUUCGUACAGCAGUUAUCAACAGCAACAAAACACAAACACCUGUACAAGUGGUGUUACAAAUGAUGAUGAUAAUGAUGACGAAACGACUGCAGCAGCCGCCGCUGCCGCAGCAGCAGCUUUACAAGCCGUUAGCAUGAUGAAUACUACAAUUAAAGAUCCCACACAUGCAACAUCAGCGUCAGCGGCUUCAACUCUUACCACGGCCAUGCUCCAGCAUUUAUGGUCAUCUAUGGCAGCAGCCACAGCAGCUGCCGCCUCCAAACAACAAGAAAAAUUCUUAGAUACUUAAGAAACGUAUAAACAAAAAUAAUGUAUGAUUCCUCUUCUCUUUAAUCUAAAACUACUA